AUGAAGUUCCUCACUACACUGAUGUUGCUUUCAAUCGGUGCGUCCCAGACAAUGGGAUUGUCGAUACCUCGCGCCAUGGCUGCCGGCCCCGUCGCCGAGGAGGCUGUGACUGACUAUGGAAAGCGAGCGAUGGCUGCUGGUCCUGUCGCCGAGGAGGCUGUGACUGACUAUGGAAAGCGAGCGAUGGCUGCUGGUCCUGUUGCCGAGGAGGCUGUGACUGACUAUGGAAAGCGAGCGAUGGCUGCUGGUCCUGUCGCCGAGGAGGCUGUGACUGACUACGGAAAGAGAGCGAUGGCUGCCGGCCCCGUCGCCGAGGAGGCUGUGACUGACUAUGGAAAGCGGGCGAUGGCUGCUGGUCCUGUCGCCGAGGAGGCUGUGACCGACUACGGAAAGUGA